UCGAUACCUCCUACGAUUAAGCCCUGCGGUCUUUUAGCCAUUUUCCUACCAUUGCUUUUGUUAACAGCGACGAUUCGUGUGGCUGCGGGUCAGAAGCUUUACAUCGUGAUUUAGGAGUAACGAAAGGAAAAGCGUUAGACGGAAGGGCGCACAGAGAGAGAGAGAGAGAGAGCGCACAUCACCAAACACCUCGCUGAGUGUACCACGUCGCCGAUUGCCGAUGGCGUCCUCCCUCGACGCCGACGAUAAGUCCCGCCCCGUUUCGUUCCCCCUUCGCCUCCUCUCGCCGACUUCCACGUUUCCUCAGAAGCCUCAUGAAGAGGAGGCGGAGGAGAAGGAGGCGAAGCCCCUCCUCCCGAUCAGAUCUGAUGGGAAGGAGCUCAAAGGCAGCGGCUGCGACGACGACGACGACGACGAGGCGUCGGAGCGUGCGUAUGAGGCCAGCGAGAAGGUUGUCAUCGCCGAGGACGACGCCGAGGGUGACGGAUCCGCGCCGCCGCCAUUCUCGUGGAAGAAGCUGUGGCUAUUCACCGGGCCGGGGUUCUUGAUGAGCAUAGCGUUCCUGGAUCCGGGGAACCUGGAGGGGGAUCUCCAGGCCGGCGCCAUCGCGGGGUACUCGUUGCUGUGGCUGCUGUUGUGGGCGACGGCGAUGGGGCUCUUGAUCCAGAUGCUGUCGGCGAGGCUGGGCGUCGUCACGGGGCGGCACCUCGCGGAGCUGUGCCGGGAGGAGUACCCUAGGUGGGCGCGGCUGGCGCUGUGGUUCAUGGCGGAGGUGGCCAUGAUCGGGGCGGACAUCCAGGAGGUGAUCGGGAGUGCCAUCGCGAUCAAGAUCCUGAGCCGUGGUGUUCUUCCGCUCUGGGUUGGGGUCAUCAUCACGGCUAUGGAUUGCUUUAUUUUUCUGUUCCUUGAGAACUAUGGUGUGAGGAAGUUAGAAGGCUUUUUUGCAGUUCUCAUUACAACAAUGGCUUCUUCGUUUGCAUGGAUGUUCAGAGAAGCCAAGCCUAGUGAAAAGGAGCUUCUGAUCGGUGUUUUGGUUCCAAAACUAGGCUCGAAAACAAUAAGGCAGGCUGUUGGAGUCGUUGGUUGUGUGAUAAUGCCCCACAAUGUCUUCCUGCAUUCUGCUCUUGUACAAUCAAGAAAGGUUGACCCUGACAAGAAAAGCCACGUUCGAGAGGCACUAAGAUAUUACUCCAUAGAGUCAACAAUUGCCCUAAUUGUCUCAUUCAUGAUAAAUCUAUUUGUUACAACAGUUUUUGCAAAGGGAUUUUAUGGUACUAAAGAAGCAGAAAAUAUAGGUCUCGAGAAUGCUGGGAAAUUUCUACAAGAGAAGUAUGGGGGAGGUAUAUUUCCUAUUUUAUAUAUCUGGGGAAUAGGUUUACUAGCAGCUGGGCAAAGUAGUACGCUUACUGGCACAUAUGCUGGACAAUUUAUCAUGGGUGGAUUUCUAAAUCUUCGUUUGAAAAAAUGGAUCAGGUCAUUGAUCACCAGAAGCUUUGCGAUUGUCCCAACUAUAGUCGUUGCUCUAUUCUUUGAUACAUCUGACUCCGCAUUAGAUGUUUUGAAUCAGUGGCUUAAUGUACUUCAGUCGGUUCAGAUACCAUUUGCUCUCAUUCCACUCCUAACUUUGGUGUCGAAGGAGCAAGUUAUGGGAGACUUUAAGAUCAGCCGUGCCAUUCAAAUGCUAAUGUGGAUUGUUGCUGCCCUCCUAAUAAUAAUCAACGGCUAUCUUUUGCUGGAAUUCUUUUCCACUGAGAUACGUGGUCUGCUGCUAGGCUCAAUAUGCUCUGCUGCCAUAGCCGUAUACACAAUAUUUGUUAUUUAUCUCAUUUUGUAUGGUGGUGACUUCACCACUCAGCUUGCUUCAGCAAUUCACAGGAGAUUUCGGCCAGGACAGAAUUACUUUUGUAGCAUUUUGUGAGAUACAGAGAAUAGUUUUCUGAUCAAUACAUGUCUAUGGGGUCUUCGGAUAGUUUCCAAAUGCCAGGAGUUCGUGUUAUUCAAUCGGCCAUCCUGAUUCGUCAAAUCAGGAUUUGCUAAACCAUGGCAUAGCUACGAUCAAGGUAGGCUUACCAUGCCAUCAUAGAUGAACUCCACCCUGAUAUUGCCAAUGGAUAUUGCAAUCACACAAACUACAAUUUCACAAUGUAUCUUGGCCAAGGUAAGCUUUGCUGAUGAGAAGCCUACCGGCAGGACACCUAACUGUUAUUCCUAGCACGAUUGCUCGUGUUUUGUGUAAUAUACACCUAUCUGAACAAGCCCGUAGAAAUAAGCAGAAAAGGUAAUGACACGGUUAUAUUCCAAGCUCGUCAUAUAGUGUUAUCAUCCUUUGCAGAAUAUAGCCUGUGGUUUGCAAGAGUCUGAGUUUAGGAGAAAUCUCGGCAUGGUGAUUGAUUUCCCUGUCGCCCUUUUAUGAUGGUAAUAUUUGUGGUGUGUUUUAGUAUUGCGACAAAAUUCAAUAUUCUUUUUGCUUAGAAACUUCCAACUUGAAGCCCCCCUUCUGUGGUGCCAAUUAAUAGGUAACCUGUCUUUUUAACCUCCACCCAUGUUGGGCAGUAAGAGGACUUGGAACUACAGCAA